AGAUCGGUUCUCAGGUAAUACGAGUGAAUUCUGUACUUUCUGAUUAAAAGAUUUACACCAGUCAACAAAAUGGCAGCGCCCAUCCGAAAGAAAUUCCAAGCUAAUUCAUCCAAAGUUAUUAGUUUAACGGAUAAUUUAGAAAAUUUUAUAAGUGCAGGGAAGUCUUUCAGCUCCAAAUACACUGAUCCCUUGAAGAAUUUAUAUGACAUAUCUAAGACAGUCAUACAGGAUAAUUCUUCAUCUAGCACAUUACAAGAGUUAAUUGUAUCAGACUUUGAUGAUGAACAGAUAUGGCAGCAGUUGGAGCUGGAAAAUGAAGCAUGUGUUUCCAAUUUAUUAAGUGGGGCUGCAAAAAUUUUGUCAAGCAAAAAUCAGUGUUCUUUCAAAGAUAAAAGUUCAGAAGUACUUUCUAAGUCAAAGCAAAUCAAGAAAGUAGUGACUAGUGAUGUGUUAAAAAGCAAAACAAAGGAGAAAAUAUCAAAGAAGAAAAAAGAUAUCAAAGAGUUAAAGGCUACAGAUGGUGAGGUUGAUGAUUUUGUUGAUGAUUUAGGAAACAAUAGUGAUGAUAUUGAUGAGGAUGAUGAUGACAAAGAAAUAGCAGAAAUAGAAAAUAAACUGAAUAGAAUUGAUGAAGAUGAUAAGUUUUUUGACUUCACAGGUGAUUCUGAUGAGGAUUUGAACUUUGACUUUGGUCCAUUAGGACAGAAGGGUGACCUUGAUGAUGAGUUAUUUAAAAAUGACUCUGAAGAUGACCAUAAUGAGGAUAGAAAUGUAAAACCUAAAAACAAGACAAAAAAAUCUGUGACUUUCAAAGAUCAAAAAGAAAAUGAGGUCACAAACAAAAAAGAAAUAAACAAAAAAGGAGGUAAGAAGUUUUCAAAGAGAGGCAGCAUUGUUGAUGAUGCUUUUUUCAAAUUAGCUGAACUUGAGACUUUUUUGGAUCAGGAAGACAAACGUGAAGAAAGAAGACUUAAAAAGACAAAACAUGAUAAAGUUGAAGAUGAUGAUGAUGAUGACAGUGAUGAGGAAGAUAACGAAGAGGACAACAUCGAUAUGUUUGGUGAUAUUGAUUCUGCAGAGGAGGAGGCCCACUAUGAAGAUUUCUUUGAUCCUCCAGAAGGUGAAGUAGAAGGUCCAGUUGAUAGAGAAAAAGAUGUCCCUAAGCAGGAAAUUGAUGAGGAAGAAUGGGAAGAUGAUGAUGAUGAGGAUUUUGAUGAAAAUGAAGAAAACGAAGAAGACAGGUCAGGGGAUGAAGAGGCUGAGGAAGCUAAGGAUAGGCGUGGCCAGGACCUGUUUGCUGAUUCUGACAGUGAGGGCGAAGAUGUGGCUGACAUUUUAGGUGGUAAAAAGGAAGAAAAAUCAUCCUAUGAAAUAAGACAAGAAAGGUUGAAAAAGAAGAUUUCUGCCAUUGAAGAUGAUAUGUUGUCCCAGAAACCAUGGCAACUAGCUGGUGAAAUCUCUGCUGGUAAACGACCAGAGAACAGUCUACUACAAGAAAAUUUACAAUUUGAACACACCACAAGACUUCCCCCAGAAAUUACAGAGGAGACAACUAAGACCCUGGAAGAUUUGAUAAGACAAAGGAUAAAGGAUAAGGCAUGGGAUGACGUAGAACGAAAAGUCAAGCCGAAAGACAACCCUUUUGAAUACAAGAAACGUAUAACACUUGAUCAAGAGAAAAGUAAACUGAGUCUUAACGAGAUUUAUGAGCAAGAAUAUUUGAAACAACAGAAGACAGAAGAAGUAGAGAAGACAGAUCCUGAUCAUGAUGAAAUCAAGAAAAUGAUGCAAUCUCUAUUUCUAAAACUUGAUGCUCUAUCUAACUUCCACUAUACACCAAAACAGGCUACAGCUGAGGUAACUAUCAUCAGUAAUCAGCCAUCAAUUACAAUGGAAGAGGUGGCCCCUGUCUCUAUCAGUGAUGGCCAAUUACUGGCACCAGAAGAAAUCAAGGACAAGGAAAGACAAGAAGUUAAAGGCUCGACAGAGAAAACAGCAUCUGACAGAUUACGGGAUAGAAAGAUAAAGAAAAAGAAACAGAGAACAAGGAAGAAAGAGAAGGAAAGACGAGAGAAACUGGUAGAACAAUUAAACCCAGGUCUUGGUAACAAGUAUAGUAAGGAAAAGGCAUUGCAAAAAUUAGAGAAGGAAAGCCGUUCUGAUGCACAUGGAAUCACUAUGAUAAAGGGUGACAAAAAAGAACGCACUGGUUUGACAUCGUCAAAGGCUUUUUUCACUCAACUUCAAGAGGAGGUUACUUCGAAUAUUAGCCGGAAACGAAAAGAUCAACCAAAGAAUCAGAAAGAAUCUACACAGGGUGGAAAGAAACUAAAACUUUGAUUUUUUGAUAUUGUUGUUAAGACGAUAAAAGAAUAAAGGUUACUGUAGUAA